AUGGAUUUCUAUCUCUUCGUGCUAUUGAAGAAGCAUCUGGGUGGUAGGCGAUUCCAAACUGAUAUAGAAAUUCAGCAAGCCGUCAUGGAGUUGCUGAAGAGACUUGACGCUGAUUUCUUCUCUGCUGGCACCGAUGCCUUUGCAUUCCUGAAUUUGACAAUGGAGAAUUUUCUUAGCCAAGAUUUUAUUACCGGGGAUGAUUUGUUCUGGUCUCAACACGCCAUUCCAAAGUAUAGCAAAGGUCCGAUGACUGCGCACCUGAAAGAUCUACCGAAACAGCCGUUACCUCCUCUAAAAGAAUCCUUACGAACCUAUCUGGAAUCAGUUAAGCCACUUACCACACCUAAAGAAUACCAGAAAACAAAAAAGAACGUACGCAAAUUUCUUAAGAAAGGUGGAGUAGGAGAGAAAUUAUACGACAUUUUAAAAGAACAGUAUUCUUCGUUGGACAAUUGGAUUUCGGACCGAUGGGUACGAGCACAAUUACAAUCCGAUCGCGAACCCGUUACCCCUAGAGUAGCAGUUUCCGCACACGUUCACCAAUUAGAUUUUGAAACACAAGAACAUUAUUUGAGAUUCGUAUCAACUUUCGUUUACUGUAUUGCGGAUUUUAAAAGAAUGAUUGAUUGUCAUCAAGUGAAACCAGAUGUCAUGAGGGGAAAUCUUUUAGAUAUGAGUCAGUAUUUUCUCUUAUUUUCAACAACUCAAGUUCCUUUGAGAGACUGCGAUAGAUGCAAUCAUUACGGAGAUUACACGAAUUAUCCCAGACACAUUAUCGUAGCCAGAAAUAACAAGUUCUAUCAAAUUAACGUGUUAGACGACGAUGGCUUGCCUAUUGCAUCCGAGAAAAUUUUUCGACAAUUACAACACAUCCUAUCUCAAUCAGAAAUGGGCAUUCCGGUAGGAAUACUAACGACUGAACAUCGAGAAACGUGGGCUAACAUACACGAAAUUCUCUGCCAAGACGAAGUAAAUAAGAAUUCAAUUAGAAUAUUAGAAACUUCCAUGUUUGUAUUAAGUUUGGAUAAACCAGUAAAUUAUCCAGUUAACAAAGAUAAACUUAAUCAAAAUUUAUGUAAUUUUCUUCACGGUUGUGGACCAUCCGCUAACGGUUGUAACAGAUGGUUUGAUUGCGGAUUAAACAUAUACAUAACGGACGACGGGGCGAUUGGUGUAAAUAUGGGACCUUGUCCGUUAGAAGCGCAACCAUUUCAACGUAUGCUGGAACACGCUUUAGUCCUGACAACGAAAAUUUUAAAUGAACCGAGUGAAGAGUACAAACCGACUUCAGUAAUACAAGAACCGAAAGAACUCCAUUUUAAUUUAUCCGCCCAAGUUCUGAAAUAUAUCGAAAAUGCAAAAUUAAAAUUUCAAAAGGCGUGCGAUAACGUGGAUCUCGAAAUGUUAGUAUUUCAUAACUUUGGUAGAAAAUUUUUAAGAUUUCACAACAUCACCGUCGACAGUUUUGUCCAAUUGGCUUACCAGUUUACAAUUUACAGAUUACACGGAAACAAAGGAAAGAUUUGUAGCCUAGCCACGCUUCAUAAUUUUUAUAGAGGAAACUACGAUUUAUUGCAAUCUACUACGACCGAGUCCUUGCAAUUCUGCAAGACCAUGUUAAACGAAAAAUGCAGUGAAAAAGUAAAAUAUAUUACUCUGAGGAAAGCACUCGAAAAAAACACCGAUAAUAUCAAUAAGGCCAUGAAUGGAAAAGGCAUAAAUUAUCUUCUCCUCGGUUUGAAGAUAGCGGCUGAAGAAAAUGGUUUCGAAAUGCCCGAUAUAUUUCGAGACACUUCUUUUUUGAAGUAUUUCGAUGUGAAAUUGAUUUCGAGUCAGGUUCCCGGAAUUCCUUUCUUUCCUGUUUACUCCGCUUACGGACCGUUUUCUGUAGAUGGAUACGGAUGUCCAUAUUUCGUGUGUCCGGAUAAAUUACACUUUACUGCUUUUUCUUACAAGCAUAUUCCAGAAACUGACUCCAAAAAGUUUUUGAAAACGUUAAAUAUUUCACUUUUAGAAAUGGAAGGCCUUAUCAGAAAGUAUUCGGAUAAAACAGACAAAUGUAAACUGAAAAAGCAUGCAGAAAUUACUUAUUAA